CAAGAUGGCUAAUUGUAAGUGCUAAAGUUAACAUCUGUAAGUUGACAUGUAGUCACACAUUUAUUUUGUAUUUGACACAUAAUUAUUUUCAAAGAAAGCCAAGUGACGUUCAAUAGAGAACGAAGAAAGAGGAAUACUGCAUCCUAAUAUUUAGGAUAUUAUAAUUCUCAGUCCUUGCCUCUUAGGUAGAGAUACGAUGACUCUUCAACAUAUAUCUACGUUGUAUGCUCGCAGACAUAUGGGACCUAAAAUUUAACACCGGUUCCAAACAUCCUAGAUUAGAGGAGUGUGUUCGUAGCAAGAUACUCUCAGUUUACUACUGCCUUCCGAAAGGUGGCGAUCGCGAAUCAUUCGAUAUUUGAAUCCGAGACCCUCGGCACAGAGGCUUUCUGAGAGCAGGUUGGAACAGAUUGAAGCAGAUACACAGAUCUCUAUCACGAUCGCACACUCGUUAUCUAGGACAAAGGUAUUAGCAUGGUUGAACGACUCGGAUUAGGUCCCGAAGUCCGCGAACUCAAACUGGGGCCAAGCUUUACAAGCAACAGUUCGAAGUUUCAUACCUUGAAAUAUGAUUUUAAACCUGCGAGCGUCGAAAAUUCAAAAAUAGCUAAAGUCGAUGUGGGUUCAGAUAACACGAUAACAGUUACAGUUCCACAUUUAGAUGGUGCUGGUACCCCACAGACUGUGUUCAAAGGUUCUCAAAGACCUUAUAAUAAAGAAUAUGUUCUAAUAUUUGACAAGAAUACUGGAGAUAUUACAUUGGAGAAGCUAACUGCGAAUAUUCAAGUUAAAAAAACACGAGCGGAACCUAAACGAAAUGGUAAUGGAAAUGGUAACUCUGCACCUGUUGAGGUUAAAAAAAGUCCUCCAUAUGGUAGAGCACAUGGAAGAACCAAAGUUAUUAGUGGGAAAAAAAAGGAACCUUUGCUUCAAUUACAUCCCAAACAGAGUCCACAACAGGCAUCGCCAUAUGAUAAAAGAAGUCCAUCCAGUACAUCUACUAAUAAUUGCUCACCUGUACGACCAUCAAAUGGACAAUCAACCUUGGCCAGCUUACCGAUGAUUGGUUCUGACAAUGAUGAUUUUGUGUUAUCGACACCAAUGAUACCUGUAUCUUCCUCUGUACCAACAAUAACUAUUUCUCCACCAAUUCAAAUACCAAAUACGAAAUCGACUACUUUAGAAAGUGAUUCCAGUUCAAGCAGUUCAAGUUCUGACAGUUCAAGCAGCGAUUAUGAAACGGAGACUGUCCCAGUGCCAACAGCAACUAAUGGUUAUUUAAAUGGUACAACAGCUUCGCCUACAUUGUUCAUAUCAGAUAAUCUCUUAAAUGAUGAUUUACAGUUAUCAGAAUCAGAAUCCGAUAGUGAUUAAUGGUGAUUUGUCAUUAGAAUAGAAUAAAGUUGUUUCAACAGUUAAUUUUAUUAUUUUUGUUUUUCUGUUAAUAAUAUAACAAUAUUUUUAUCGAUUAUAAUAAAAAAAUUUUUCAACAGA